AUGAAGGUCCAAAUCCACUCGACCCUAAAGUUUUAUCUCGGGGCCUUGAUUGCGCAGAUAGUCCUUGGAGAACAAAUUCCCGCUCCCACGGGCGAGUACAAUGUCGGUGUCCAGCGUUUUGCUAUUCCUUUCUUGAACGAGGAAGAUCCCGUGUGGCCGAACGGCAUCGCAACCGAAUAUCUCGCCACACUAUAUUAUCCAACCUCGGAUGAGAAGCCUUGCCCAGAGCCCUACCUAGAGGCUGAGCUUGCUCAGCUGUAUGCCACUCUGUGGAGCUUCAAUAUAUCUCACCUGACGUCGACAGUACGGUGGAACGCCUCAUAUCUGGAUGAAGGAACCGGCCCGACGCUUCUUUUCGGACCCGGUGGUUGGGGUCCACCCACUGAUGGCAACUACAUUGUCAUUUCCGACCUCGUCUCGCAUGGAUACGUCGUGGCUGCAUUUGACCACAUCUACGAGCAGCCCUUUCUGCGAUAUCCCAAUGGCACUGGUGUCUACGGCCUCUCGCCAGCUUUUAGUAACUACACUAGUGAAUGGGUCGAGAAGCUGCACGCCACCAGGGUCAAGCACCAACUGCAUUUCAUUGACUUCUUUCCUUCAUUAGUGGCAGACCUCAAAGCGCCCUUCAAGACUGACAAUUACGGCGCAUUCGGCGUGUCCAUCGGAGGCUCCGCUGCUCUUACUGUGGCUCUAGAGAGCGACGCAGUAGCUGCCGCCAUCAACGUAGACGGUACAAUAUUUGGUCGAUUAAACAGCACCUCCGACUCGGACCUGAGAAAGCCAUCACUUAUUCUUGGCUUCCAAAAUCACAAUGCAAAUACUGAUCAAACUUGGAACAAUUACCGCGCCUGGCAAAGUGGCUGGUGGCGUUUGCUAUCUGUAGAUGGUACCACCCACGGUGACUGGUCUGACAGGACAAUUUGGAAGGUUUUCGGGACAACACGUCCGCUCGGUCCGAUUGACGGUAACAGAAUGGUCAAUAUCUCGAGGACGUUUAUCAGAGCUUUCUUUGAUAAGACUUUUCUGGGCACUGAGGAGCCACUUCUGGACACCCCUUCCGCGGACUUCCCUGAGGUGCACUGGGAUGAAAUACAUGAUGGACGGUAA